UCAGCUUUCGAUCCUAAAAAACUUCAUCCCCUCGCUGAACUAGGGGAUAACCUCGAUUUCCUCACACUCGAAGAAGACAAACUUCAAGAUUUAGGAGGAGGUAUUUCAGUGCUUCCAAGUAGAGGAUGGACGGACGAUUUAUGUGUAGGAACGGGUACUACCUAUCUUUCAGGUUUAGCUUUAGGUGGAAUGUGGGGUUUUAGAGAAGGGUUGGUAAGACCGUUGGGUAAUAAACCGUCAUUCAAGUUGAGGUUGAAUAGUGUUUUGAAUGGAUGUACUAGACGAGGUAGUUUUAUGGGUAAUUCUUUAGGCGUUUUAGCUAUCUUUUAUAAUCUAUCGAACUCAUCUCUGGACGCCAUCAGGGGCAAACACGACGUUUUCAAUGCUCUCGGUGCUGCCGCUCUAUCAGGGGGGAUAUACAAAGCCACUGCCGGCGUACGACCAGCUAUGGUAGGAGCAGGUCUCAUGACUGCCGCUGCUGGUGCUUGGUCAUUUUUCAAG